AUGUCCCGAGAAGAUCGGCGGGCUUCGAGUGUUCUCGCGGCAAUACUUUCAAAGUUACCACCACCAUAUGUUCGUGCUACGCCAGUCACUACUCCAAGCGUAUCAUCGGAUAGAUCCAUAGCCGGAGGUAGCCCAAAUGGAAUGACGAGUGUUCCAUCAUGGGGACCCAUUCCCGACUGGAACACAACCGGAUCUGGUUCGCCCGGUCAAGACCCCACUAUGAACAACUAUGCACCAUUGGACUUCAACCUUGCAGAUCCUCUAAACACAAUUUUCACUGGCUCGGAAGAUAUUGAUUGGUGUCUGCUUGGCCAGAAUGCCAUGGAUGUUCCAAUGGCGAACACUCUCUGA